UAUUCAUUUGCGACAGUACAGCAUAGCCUUACCGCUAAUGUCAGCAUAGUAUAAAAUGAAUGAUUUGCGAACAGUUGUGUUUGCCACUGCAGUGGCAAUUAGUUGCUCAAUCCUUUACUUGGUGUGGAAAAAGAAGCAUCAAAGUAUUUCAAAUUGGAAAGAAGUGGCCAUAGUGGACAAACUUUUUGUACAUCCUGUAAAAUCAUGUAGAGGAAUGUCUGUUGAAAGUUUUGAGGCUACAGAGAAAAGUGUUAUGUUGAGUAACUCCGAUAUUGGCGACAGAACUUUUAUGGUGGUACAUGAUAAUGGUCGAUUUACAACAAUACGUCAUUUCCCACAAAUGGUUUUAAUAAAGGCAUCAGCAAUUGGAAAAAACAAGUUGCAACUUGAAGCUCCUGGAAUGAAAACAUUUGAAAUGGUAAUACCUGUCCAUGGCAGUGAAAAGGUUCUGAAUUACAAAGUUUGGGGUACAAGUGGCCCGGGAGUGGAUUGUGGCGAUGAAGCAGCAGCGUGGCUGGCAGAGUUUACUGGGGAAAAUACGGCACGUUUAGUGUUUCAUAAUAAACAGCUACCAAGCAGGGAAGGAACCAAACUUCUUGAAUUUGGACAUCUUGGUGUGUACUCAGAAAAAACGACCAAAUCUACUUUCCAGAACUUUUCUCCUUUUAACAUAUUAUCUCAGGCAUCGCUCGACUUGCUCAACACUAAGCUGGACAGUGAUCAUCAAGUUACAGAGAGGAACUUCAGGACAAAUAUUCUGUUGAAAGGAUGUUCGGCAUUUGCUGAAGAUAAUUGGAAAAGAAUAAAGAUUGGAUCAGCUGAAUUUGUUUUUGCGAAACAUUGUACUCGUUGUCCCAUCACUACAGUUAAUCCCGAAACUGGAAUCAAAGAUGAAAACCUGAGUACUUUAAAGGCACUUUCAACAUUUCGAAUACGUAAACCCGAGGAGAAACCUUUAUAUGGAAAUUCACCAACAUUUACUGUGGACUUUGUUAAUAUUAAACCAGGUAAAAUUAGUGUCGGGGAUAAAGUAUACCAUCUCGAGCAAUUAUAAUAUUUUAUAAUGCUAAAUUGAUGACAAUCUCAGUUUCCCAUCUCUUCACAUCCAUAAAAUGAUAAAUCUGAUUGGCAGAUUUCGAAAACAAUGGUUUGAAUAAUGAAUAUUAUACAUUAGUAUUAUAAUAAUAGAAUCAUUAUCUUAUCGGAGCAACGCAUUGUUGGUGAUGCUAUCUAUAUGGGCAUACUUAUUUAUGUAAUAGUUACUCGCUGCUAUUUUUAUCUUGAUCAUUUUCAGGUGAUAAUCUUUUAAUAUUAAAUACGAUAUCUUCAAAUUUACAAAUGUGUGACAAGUGCAAUUACUUCAUGUGUAGUAUUAUGUAUCUGUUAUUAUUUUGUUACAUCAUCGAUUUGAAAUAUAUAUAUAUACGUUUAAAAAAAGUUCACGCAUAAAUAUAUUUUUAAUAUAAAGCUGCGUUUAUAUUGUUACAUAUGUGUAAUCUCUAUUAAAGUAAAUGAAUUUAUGAGAGCUAA